AUGGCUCCUCCGUCGUCCUCUCCGUCUUCGCUCGAGAGACUCAACACCAUUGCAAACCACCUCUCGCCCACCAUGGCUUCCACCAACUUCCCUGCCGCCACCGUGCCUCAAGCCCCGGAGGACCCUCUCUUUGGACUUGCACGGGCUUACAAGGCUGACAACAGCCCAACCAAGGUCGAUUUGGGAAUUGGCGCUUAUCGUGAUGAUGAUGCAAAGCCCUGGGUUCUCCCCGUCGUCAAAAAGGCCGACGACAUUCUUCGAAACAACCCCGAACUGAAUCACGAAUAUGCCCCGAUUGCCGGUGUUCCGGACUUCACUUCCAAGGCCGCUGAACUGAUUCUUGGAGCCGACUCCCCAGCACUCAAGGAGAAGCGCACUGCCUCCUUGCAGACCAUCUCUGGCACUGGAGCAGUCCAUCUGGGUGCCCUCUUCCUCGCCAAGUUCUACACGGGAAACCGAACCGUCUAUCUGUCUAACCCGACUUGGGCCAACCACAAGCAAAUCUUUGGAAACGUUGGUCUAAAGGUUGCUGACUAUCCCUACUUCUCCAAGAAAACCAAUGGCCUGGAUUUCGAGGGCAUGAAGGCUGCCAUUCAGGCUGCCCCAGAUCGGUCCAUCAUCCUGCUGCACGCUUGUGCCCACAACCCUACAGGCGUCGACCCAAGCCUGGAUCAAUGGAAGGAGCUUGCCGUCAUUAUUGCCCAAAAGAAGCACUUCCCCUUCUUUGAUUGCGCCUACCAGGGCUUCGCUUCGGGUAACCUUGCCCAGGAUGCCUCCGCUAUCCGCUACUUCAUCGAGCAAGGAUUCGAGACGGUUGUUUGCCAGAGCUUCGCCAAGAACUUUGGCCUGUAUGGUGAGCGCGCUGGAUGCUUCCACGCCGUGACGAGCCCAGGUCCCGAUGCAACCAGCACAAUCUCAAGAAUUGGUUCUCAACUAGCGAUUCUUCAACGAUCCGAAAUCUCCAACCCUCCUCUGUAUGGCGCCCGCAUUGUUGCCACCGUUCUGGGAGACGCUGCGCUAUUUGCGGAGUGGGAGGAAAACCUACGUACCAUGUCGGGUCGUAUUCUCAGCAUGAGAGAUGAGCUGCGCUCACGCCUCGAGAGUCUUGGCACGCCCGGAACAUGGAAUCACAUAACUGAUCAGAUUGGCAUGUUUAGCUUCACGGGUCUGUCAGAAUCCCAAGUCGAGAGAAUGCGCAAUGAAUACCACAUUUAUAUGACCAAGAAUGGAAGAGUUUCCAUGGCGGGUCUAAAUACCAAAAAUAUACACCACGUGGCGGACGCAAUCGACAAGGUGGUGAGAGAAGCUUCAUAG